AUGACUGAGAUACUCCCACACGUGAACGACGAAAUUUUACCAGCAGAGUAUGAACUUAAUCAGCCAGAACCAGAACAUUGUCCUGGUCCAGAAUCAGAGUUGGCAGGUAAGUCCGAUACCUGUGGUAGUUGCGCCAAUAAAGACAUCUGCGAAAGUCUUCCGAAGGGUCCUGAUCCAGAUAUUCCACUAAUCACAGAUAAUUUGUCCGGAAUAGAGCAUAAGAUAUUGGUCUUAUCCGGUAAAGGUGGUGUUGGCAAGUCAACCUUUGCCACGAUGUUAAGUUGGGCACUCUCAGCUGACGAAGAUUUACAGAUAGGUGCUAUGGAUCUAGAUAUAUGUGGACCUUCUCUGCCACACAUGUUAGGUUGCGUUAAUGAGACUGUCCAUGAAUCGAACUCUGGUUGGACACCUGUGUAUGUAGCUGAUAACUUAGCCACCAUGUCUAUUCAAUACAUGCUUCCGAAUGACGAUUCCGCUGUUAUAUGGAGAGGCACAAAGAAAAAUCUGCUGAUAAAGAAAUUUUUAAAAGAUGUUGAUUGGGAUAAGCUUGAUUACUUGGUGAUUGACACACCUCCGGGAACAUCUGAUGAGCAUAUUUCAAUAAACAAGUACAUGAAGGAAUCUGGCAUAGACGGUGCGCUUGUAGUUACUACCCCCCAAGAAGUAGCUUUGCUGGAUGUACGUAAAGAGAUUAAUUUUUGUAGAAAGGCCGGUAUCAAUAUCCUUGGGCUAGUGGAGAAUAUGAGUGGAUUUGUCUGUCCAAACUGUAAAGGAGAAUCUCAAAUAUUUAAAGCCACUACAGGAGGAGGCGAGGCGCUCUGUAAGGAAUUGGGAAUCAGAUUUUUAGGUUCUGUUCCCUUAGAUCCAAGAAUUGGCAAGAGUUGUGACAUGGGUGAAAGCUUUCUAGACACCUAUCCUGACAGUCCCGCUUCAACAGCUGUACUCAAGGUUGUCGAAGCCCUCAGAGAUGCAGUUGGGGAUAUAUAG